CUCUUCGGUUGCCGGUCUGUGAUUGGACGGGUUGUGUGUUGGAAACGUCAGAGCGCCGCUGUUUCCCUCCGCUCUGCUCCGGGCGGCUGAAGCAGCAUGGCGGCCGGGAGAGAGAGCCUGUCCCACCGCUGGAUCCGUGGAGUGGGGCUGCUCUACCUGUGUAUCCGGGGGCCGCGGCUCUAUAGAGUCUACCGGCUCAAUCAUGGCCGAGGCCGGGCCCGGGUGGAGGGCGAGACCGAGCCUUCCUGGGUGAGAGGACGGGGCAUUGUCCUGGGGGGUCAGUGGGAAUCAUUCUAUCAGCCCAAAGCACUGGAGAAGCAUACAGAUAGCAUCUUGGCUUGGGUGUCCGUCCUUUGGACCAUUUCCUACUACUCCUCCCCACUUGCUGCCUUUUACAUGUACAGAAAAGGACAUAUGACCGUCACCAGGCUGGUACUCCUAGGACAGUACGGCAUGACGCUGCUUUUCCUGCUGGCGGGGGUGGCAUGUCUGAGAGGUUUGGGCAGAUGGACCAACCCUCAAUAUAUUCAGUUCAUAAGCAUCUUACAGAGCAGCAGAAUGGAUAACUGUCCAGAAAACAAGAAGCUGCUCUCCAAUUACAACUUUGACUUUCGCAGUUGGCCAGUGGAUUUCCGAUGGGAUGAAACAAGCGGCAAAGAUGAGAAGACCGAAAAGUCCUCAGGUGGGGUAUCAUUGCUUAAACCAGAGCCGCGAACACGGGGAGCCACUGACAGAAUGUUACAGCAGGUGCCGAAGCUCCCAUGUCAGAUAAUCAGCUAUAUCGUAGCUCACUCAUUCGGCAGAAGGAUGCUGUACCCCGGCUCUGUGUACCUCUUACAGAAGGCUCUCAUGCCCAUGUUAUUGCAGGGUCAGGCUCGUCUGGUGGAAGAGAAUCAUGGGAAGCGAGCCAAGCUACUGGCAUGUGACGGCAAUGAAAUAGACACCAUAUUUGUAGACCACAGAAGCUCCGGGGGCAGCAACGGGUCAAAGCUGGUUAUUUGCUGUGAGGGAAAUGCUGGUUUCUAUGAGGUUGGCUGCGUCUCCACUCCCCUGGAAGCUGGUUAUUCUGUCCUCGGUUGGAAUCAUCCUGGAUUUGCAGGCAGUACAGGUGUUCCUUUUCCUCAGAAUGAAGCAAACGCAAUGGACGUUGUGAUCCAAUAUGCCUUGUAUAAACUCGGCUUCAAAAUGCAAGACAUCAUCGUGUACGCCUGGUCUAUCGGCGGCUUCACAGCCACAUGGGCCUGUAUGUCCUAUCCAGACAUCAGUGCUCUCGUCCUUGAUGCCUCCUUCGAUGACCUGGUUCCUCUGGCCCUGAAAGUGAUGCCAGAGAGCUGGCGAGGUCUGGUAACCAGAACAGUCCGGAAGUAUCUAAACCUGAACAAUGCAGAGCAGCUGUGCAGGUAUCCGGGUCCUGUCCUGCUGAUCAGGAGAACAAAUGAUGAAAUUAUCACAACCACAACCCCAGAUGACAUUGCAUCGAACCGGGGAAAUGAGCUCUUGCUCAGUAUGCUGCAGAGCCGUUAUCCCAAUGUGAUGACAGAAGAGGGACGGAAUGCGGCGAAGAUGUGGCUUGCAGCUGCCACUCCAGAACAAGAAGCCUCAGUAUUCAGCCAUUAUGGAGUAGAAGAGGAUUGGUGUCUGUCUGUCCUUCAGUCAUAUAAGGCAGAGAACUCGGCACAAUUUCCAUGGUCUGUAGGAGAAGAGAUGAGCGUAGAAGGAAGACAGCAGCUGGCUCUGUAUCUUGCACAAAAACAUCUGAGAAGCUUUGAAGCAACGCACUGUACCCCCCUCCCCGCUAGCGCCUUCCACAUGCCCUGGACAGUAUAAUACCCUAGGAGCCUCUAUACCAUCCGCACACUUUGAUGUCUCUGGAUUACACCCAGUCGUUCUCCUAAUACCAUUCUCCGCUCCUCGUGAACGGCAGCUAACACCAAUGAAAUAAAAAUGGCCGCCUCUCCACCCAACUGUCAUACCUCCU